AUGGGAUUCGAAGCAGCCGUUCUUUGUGGGAAGAAGGAGAUAAGGUUAGAGACCCGGGCUCUUGAAGAUCCUGGUGAAGAUGAAGUGCAGGUUGUGCCAAAGGCUAUUGGUAUCUGCGGAUCAGAUCUUCACUACUACGCUCACGGCGCAAACGGUCUCUUUGUCGUCAAAGAACCUCUCAUCCUUGGCCACGAAUCCGCGGGCUACGUUACGGCCGUCGGCCCCGGCGUAACCAACUUCAAAAUCGGAGACCGCGUAGCACUCGAAGCAGGAACACCUUGCUCCACUUGCAAGAUGUGUCGCAUGGGUCGGUAUAAUCUUUGCGAUGGGAUGCAGUUUCGGAGUUCGGCGAAGAGGUUUCCGCAUUGUGAUGGGUAUUUGUGUGAGCGUGUGAAUCAGCAUGUCGACUUCACACACAAAAUACCCGACUCUAUCAGUUACGAAGAAGGAGCUCUCCUGGAACCGCUCUCCGUCGCCCUCCACGCCAUUCGCCGAUCUCAGCCUUCCCUGACGCCUGGUUCACGCAUCCUCAUCAUGGGGUCCGGAACUGUAGGAUUACUUGUUGCAGCAAUGGCGAGGAUCAAUGGCGCCUCAGACAUUACUAUUGCUGACAUCUCACAACGGCGUCUUGAGUUUGCGCAGACGACCGAGUGGGUGACUCGGACAGUCCUUGUUCCAUUGAAGCGUGCGAAAUAUGGAGAGGAUCCUGAGUUAGUUUAUGCCAAGGAUACUGCCUCCGAGCUGGUUAAAGCUGCAAAGAUGGAUCAGGAGACUUACGCCGGCUUCGACGUGACGUACGAAUGCACCGGCGUCGACACAUCGAUCCAAACCUCCAUUUUCGCGACUCGUCCAGGCGGCAAACUAGUGAUGGUAGGAAUGGGCAAACCCAUCGCCACCCUCCCCAUCGCAUCCGCUAUGACGCGUGAGAUUGAUCUUGUCGGUGUUUUCCGGUAUUGUAAUACGUAUCCGGAAGCGAUUAGGAUGGUAGGGUCUGGAGGGGUUCCGGGGCUGGGGAAGUUGGUUACGCAGAGGUAUCGGCUCGAGGAUGCGAGGGAGGCUUUUGAGGUUGCGGAGAGGGGGCAGGAUGAGGAGGGGCGGUUGGUGGUAAAGGUUGUAAUCGGGGUGUAUAAAGACAGUCUUUAUUGA